CAACGCAGUGUAAAUGUAAAAUUAUAAAAUUGAAAAAUCAUUCGAAAAAAACACACAUCAUCAAAAAAAAAAGAAAAAAUUGUUAAGAAGCAGUCGUGAGAGUUUUCAUUUAGUUUUUGUUCUAUUUAACUAUUUUUUUUUUAUAUAUACCAAAGUCAACAAAUUAAUAAUGUCUUUGAGCGACGAGACGAUGAAGAGCAGCAAGUGUUUGGGCUGUCCAGCCGAGGGGGAUCUGGGAUUGCGUUACGAGUGCAUCGUUUGCGGGGAGUCUGUGACGUAUUGCGACAAGUGUCACGGUGGUGGCAAGAACAAGACGUGUGGCAUGCACAAAUACUAUCAUCCCAUGAAGGCCAUCUACAAUCGCCAAUUCUUCGAACUGUAUUUCUAUGGCGAGGAGCUAGUCGAUGGCGAGGCGCCUCAAAGUUAUGGUUGCGCUUUCUGUCACGAGCUUGGCUUCACCGCCGAGGAGCUGCAGUUGCAUGUGCUCGAGAAGCAUGCGGGGCACACGGAUGCUCCCGAUCUGCUGGACAUAUUAAAUCAAAUGAAUGAGCAGAAGAAAUCCACUGAGAUCCGUUGCCAGGAGAAGUCGCGCGGCGGCCUCAGCUAUGAGGUCAUCCUGGCCGAGCCGGCACCCAAUGUGGCCGUGCCCAAGCGACCCGUCACUCCGGGCAAAAAUGUCAGCGUCGAGGAGAUUGAGCAGAAGCUAAAGGCAGCCGAGGAGCGUCGCGUUUCCUUGGAGGCCCGCAAGAUGGCCGAGAUCUCCAUAAAGCUGGCCAAGGUUGAGGAGGCUACACGCAAAAAGGAUGAGAUUACCAACGAGUUCAUAACUCAGACCAAGGAGCAGCUCGAGACCAAAAUGGAGCAUCAUGUGGAGAAGCGUGAGGCCAUUAUUAGCGACUUGAAGGAAAAGCUAAAGAUUCAUGCCCAGGAUAUUGAGAAAACACGCGAGACGCUGGAGCAGCAGAAGGCCAACGAGCAGAAGGCCAUCGAGGAGAAAUUGAAGACCGCUCAGGCCUUGCGUGAUGAGAACAUCAAGAAAAUGUUGGAUCGCCUCAAGGAGCAUAACACAAUCAAAAUUGCUGAAAUCAAAUCGCAGAACAAUCAAUUGGAAAAUCAAAAGAUCGAGGAGAAAGCGCGCAUUAUUGAAAACAAAUUGUACACCGCCGAGCAGAAUCGCGAAAAGGAAUUGCUCAAGAAAAUUGAGAAAGUUCAAAAACUUGAACGUCGCGCUGAGGUUGUGCGUCAGAACAAGGCCCAGACCCAGGAUGUGGAUGGACAGCAGCAGAGUCCCAUUGCCUCGUCGGGUUAAGAGCGAUGGUUGCUGCUGUGGAUGAAAUUGCCGUUGCUGAGAAUGGGGCACGUAGAGCGUUCUCAAUAAAGCGCACAGCGGCGGCUGCAACACACACACACACACACAC